AUGCAUUCCCUCUUCAAGUCUGCGCUGGACGCAGCGCGCUCUGUGUCGACGCAGCUCGACAAAACGUUCGAGGACGCUAUUCGCGACAUGGGCGAGCGGCCGUCUGCUUCUGCCGCGUCUGACUUUGCAGGCUCCUCUGGCCGUGCAGAGCUAGGUGCGCGCGCGUCUCGAACUGCUAAAAAACCGCGCGACUGCGAGAGUUUCGCGGGGUCGCGUUCGCUCGCUGGCGGCGCGCGUCGAGAGGCCCUGGGACGCCUCUCGUCUGGAGAGCCGUAUCGCGAAUCUUCGAACGCAUCUCGAACUCUCUCGCGGCACCGCGACACGCCCCUAGGCAGAAGCGCUUCCAGCUCAUCCUCUUCAUCCUCUGCAUUCUUUUCAUCUUCAUCGUCUUCAUCACCUUCAUCACCGAAACAAGCGUCGUCUUCUUCAGGCACGAUGCGUGCCUCUUUCGGCGGAGGCGGGUUCGGCCUGCCCAGAGGGUCGCCUGGCGGCGAAGUGGCGUCGCCUGAAGACCUGCGGGCGCGGGCGCGCGAACUGGGGGGUCAGGCGCUAGAGGGCGUCGCCCGCUUUUGGAGCCGCAUGCGCGAAGACGCGACUGCGGCCGCUCAAGCGGCGGCGCAGCUGGGCGCGGGCGCCGGUGUCUCCGCCGAGGAGGAAGACCAGGAGCGCCGGCGCGAGGCCGUCCGCCAGCAGCGCCGACGCGAGCGGCUGCUGAAGCAGCAGCAGGACCAACAGCAACAAGGUCAGGAGACUCAAUUCCACCAGCCAGCGGACGCGCGGAACAAGGCUCGCGCGGAAGACCAGGGACUCGCAAACUCACAAACAAAGGAGCAUGCGCUGCGACGCGACGCAGCGAUGCUUCAGUACCCCUGGGGGCCGCCCGGUUUCGAGUUCAGACACCCAAAGGCCGCGCCGGCGUGGCAAGAAGAGCGCACAUCCGAGCCACGCGAACAAACAGCGGAAGAAAUCACUUCCUCGUCGCCUUCGCCGCCGCCGCCUCCACCUCCGCCUCCGCCACCGCCUCCGCCGCUUCGCGGAGCUCCACGCGUGCAGCCGCCACAUGCAGAUCUCGAGGGCGAGCGCCUGCAGCGCACGAGCCGCAGGAACUCUGGCGCGUCAGGCGCGACUGGCGGGCCUCCAUCGGGGCUGCUGCGCAGAGACUCGAUCGGGGAGGCCGGCGCAGCAGCGGCGGUUGGCGAGUUCGCCUCGCCGAUCGCGGCGGAAGACGCUCCGGAAGCCUGUGGCGUGCAGCCGCCGCACACGCCUGUGCCUUCCCCCCCCACGCGUCUUGCGUUUCAAGCAGACGCAGGGGGGAGGAGGCCCGAAGAUGGGCUGGCUGCUUUUUCCCCGCCUCCGCCCCCCUUUCCAGCGGCGUCGCCGCUGCCUUCGCUUCCGUUCGGCGGCGUGAGGCUGCCGUCGACCUCCAAGCUCUCUCCCUCAGCUCAGGCGCUAUUGGAGAUCGACGCCUUCGCGAGCCAGUCCCCGCCAGCCUCGCGCGAACUACAGGAUCCCUUCGCGCUUGUCAGCGCCAUGGAGGCUCACGGCGCGGGUCCGUGGGGAGACGACUCGCCCCCCUCGCCGUCGGCCUCGGAGUCCUCUCUGGCGUCGUCACUGAACUUCACGCCCACCCAGAUCCUCGCCGACGGCGCGGCGGGCGAGUCUCCGCGCCCCGACGCGCGACGAAUCCUGGCGAAGCACGUGGGCCCUGCGAGCCGCGCGGCGGAGGCGACGUUUGUGGCCAAGAAGGCGGCGGAAGUUGCGCGGGCGCGGGCUGAGGAGGCGUCGCGCGCGGCGCGAGAGGCUCAGGAAGCGGAUGUCGCGGCGACUUCGGCGGCGGGCACGACAGCGGCGGACAUGGAGAUGGCCUCGACAGCUGCGCGAGGCGGCUCGCCAGCGGUCGCGGCACUCGCCGCAGGGGCUGCAUCCGCCGCAGCGGCGCUGGCGGCCGCGCAGGAGGUCGGCGCGGUCGUAGGGACGCAGGCCGCGCAGAGGGCGGCGGCGGCCGCGGAGACGGCGGCGCAGCUGGCUGUGCGGGAGGCGGGCAACGCGCUGAUUGAGGCUUCGGCGAUGAAGGCCGUCGUGGAUCUCGACGCGAACCAGGCGCACGAAGCGGAGCACGUCGCGCGAGUGAAUGAGCGGUACCUGGAGCAGCUCGAGCGCUCCUUUCAGGGCGACGGCGGAGGCAUGCCGACCAAGGGCGGCUGCGCAGGGCUCGUGGAGAGUCGCAUCCACCGCGCGCAGACCGGCAGUUCGGACAAUUUUCUGCAGACGAUCCGGGCGGAAGUCGUGCAGAGUCGCGCGCGCGCGGCCGCGCUGCGCCACGAGGCGGAGGAGGGCCGGCGCACCAGUGGCGAGCUGUGGGACUUGGUGGAGGUCGCGGCGGAGGCGGCGAAGGCGGCCGAAGACGCGGCGGCGGAGGCGCGGAAGGAGGCAGACGCCGCCAGAAAGGCGGAGAACGGCGCAGGCCGCGCGGCGUUCUACGCCGCCAAGAUGGCCUACGAGGCGACAGACGUCGGCGUCCUCGUCUCCCCCAUCAUCAUGAUCCGCCCGCGGGCCCCGCCGCCUGCGCCGCCGCGACAGAGGAGUCGCUCGGCCGGCGUGGCCUCCAGCUUGGCCGCCUCGCGCGCAGGCGCAGCUGCGGGGCGAGCGGAUCUCCAGCGGUGCCGCAGGAACAGCGACGGGUACUUCUCGCACGCGGGCGCUGGAGGGGCCCCCGCGGCGGCGCGGCCUCUAAACGCGUGCGGGGGCGGUUGCGACGGCGUGCGACCCUGGCAUCGAGAGGGCACCCAGCCGAGCUUCUGCGGCCUCGGUAGGGUCUCCGCAGGCAGCCGCAACUUAUGGAGCACCGAAGCCGCUCGCGCGCCGCACCCAGCGGCGCCAGCUACGGCGCCAGAGCGCCCACUGCCAGAUGGAGGAGGAGCCGCGCCCUUCUUGGUGUCCUCGGGCAUCGAACAGGACUCAGCCGAGAGCGUUCUCGGCGGCCGCGAAGAGCGCCCAGGCCCCGCCGACCCGGUCGCUGCGGGCGGAGAGCCCGCAGAAGAAAACCCACAUCGAGGGGACGCGUCCCAAGGCGGCGCCGACGCCUCGCGGCCAGCCAGCCAAGAGUGCCGCCACGGAGAGGAGGGCAUGCGCGUCUGGAGCGAGAAACCCGAAGGCGGAGCCAGCGCCGCGCGACGCGAGGGCGAACAAAUCGACGCAGGAGUCCUAAAUCUCGCCGACGGCGCGCAAGGCUUGGGUUCGACUUUCCUGGAUGGCGAAGGCGAGAGCGGCCCGGUCGCGCAGGCACACAACGGCGCCGCGGGAGACGCGGAGGGGCGGCAGUUAGAGGAGAUGGUUUCCGAGGGCACUGCAUGCAACGAUGACGCGAGACCAGAGGGCGACGAGGGCGGGGAGCGGACCCCCCUUCCUGCGGCUGGGAUGGUGGAGACAGCAUCUCCUUUCGCGUCCGCAGAUGCUGCAGACAUUCGAGGAUCUUCCACGCCUGCUGCGGCUUUUCCGCUCCUUCCAGAUAUCGCGAGCUCUGCAGAGUCUCCGCGCCGCGACGAGGGCGAACCCGCAGGCCCCUCUCCCUCCUCCGCCUCGCCGUCGCCGACAGCCUCGGCUCCUCCAGAGAGCGAAGAAGGCGGCGAGAGUUCUCCUCGGCCUGGCUCGCCCUCGGAGGAGUCGACUGGCGCGGACACCGCCGCGACCGCGGAGACAGCCGCGACCGUCGCGUGGCCGCUGGGGUGGGCGCCCGUCUCUAGGGGGCCUGCUGUCUCCGUACGCGGGCCUGGCGGGCCGCUCGCGGGGCCGAGCGGCGCGGCUGCCUCGGCGGGCUCGACCGACGGAGACAGCUGGGAGCAGCGCUACCGCAGGCUGGAAGCGCGGACGCAGGAGCGCGAGCGCGAGCUGGAGAAGGCCCUGCGGCUUCGAGAAGAGCAACUUGAGCAGAAGGCGACGCAACUGGCUAGCCUGAUGAAUGGCCACGAGGAGACUGGAGAACGGUCAUCCGCUGAACGCCACUUCAAGCAACAAGUCGAAGAGCUGGAACAGCAGACGGAGCGUCUGCUGCAGACGGUGGACACGCUCAACGCAGCGCUGCGGCAGCAGAAAGAGCACACCGACGCCGUGCGAGCUGAGAAGCAAGAACUCGAGCAAGAGGCGCACCGCCUCUCACACCGCGUCGGUCAGCUGGAGCAGUCCACUCGGAAGCUCCGAAGCGAGCUUCAGACGGCGCGCGAAGAAAGAGAUGCGUUGGUGGAGAGCAACGGGGCACUUUCGAAAAAAACUGCGCAGCUCCAGUCUCUGGCGUCGAGGGCGAAAGAGGUGGAGGCGCAGUUCACAGAUCUCCGCCAAGGGAACGACGCGCUGACCGCCCAGGUGACGUCGCUCCAAUCUGAGCGCCAGAGGCUGCAGCAGGAUGUGGACGCGCUCCACAGCCAGCUCAGCGAGGCGCAGACGCGCGAGAGGGACUUGGUGGAGAAGCACGCGGCGGCACUGGAGAGCUCGCGAAGCCAGGGCGAGCUGCUGGCGAUGAACACACAGCUGCAGGCCCAGCUCGAGGAACGCUCGUCGCAGCUGCUGGAGCGCGAGCGGCGAAACGAGGAGAAGGAAACAGAGCUUCAGCGAGAAAAGGCAGAAUUGGCGACCAGAGUCGAGAGCCUGGAGGCGGCGCUCGCCAGCUCGACAUCUCCGCUUCUCGCGCGCGUAGCCUCUGCGGAGCGACAGGCCGCUGCAGCGCGCGAGGAAGCUGCGCACGUCUGGCAGGAAGCGCGCGCGCGAAUGGAGGCGCAGAUCGAGGAGGUAGAGAAGAAGGCGGAGGCAGAGGCGGCGACUGCGAAAGAACGACUCAGCCUGCAGGCGGCCGAACUGAGUCUGCGAACUGCGGAGCGUGACAACCUGCAACGCGAGCUCGAGAGCCUGAGAGAGCAGGAAGGCGCAAGCGCGGCGGCACACGAGGAGCGGAUGGCGGCUCUCAGGGCCGCGGAGAUGGAGCUGGCUGUGCAGCUGGGCGACGCCCGCGCCCUCCUACAGACGCGUCAGAGCCAGAUCGAGGCUCUACAAGCUGAAGUCGCGGUGCUGCGGGAGGUGGCCUGGGGUCGCCAGGCGGAGGUAGAAGGCGCGAUGCGCAGCCAGGGCGCGCGAAGGACGCGAAGCGGCAUGGAGGGCGAGGAGAGCGGAGAAGGUGCGUCUGAUGACGUGCGCCCUCAGCGGCAACCGCAGGGCGCACCCGACGCGCCGGUCGCCCUCCCCGCGCCGCCGCCUCCCCUGCAGGGUGAUGACGAGAAGGAGCUCGGCGCAGAGCCUGGAGUCGCUCCGCCUGUCGCCGGUCCCCCGCGAGCCGCCUCAGAGACGCCGAGCGGCGCGGUCGCGGCUUGGAGUCCGUCAGCCGCGUCUCGGCGCAUGCUCAACACCCCGGUGCUCGCUGCGCUGCAAAACGCUGCCCGAGGGGCUCAGUCGCAGCGCCAGGUCGCCGCCAUCCAGGCAGAGCUCCGCGUAGUUGUCGCGCAGCGCGACGCGUUCGAAGCGCAGUGUGUGCAGCUCGCAGCUGAGAAAGAGAGGCUCAACGCGCGGAUCGAGGAGCUCCAGAGCGAGCGCGGAGGCCCUGGCACGGAGGAAGAAAAAUUGACUGCGGCGGCGGAGUUGAUAGGCGAGCUGCAGGACGAACUCGAGGAGCAGCAAGAAGUCGUUCACAUGUAUAGACAGCAGGCUGAUACUUAUGCAGGGACGAUCGCGGCGCUCCAGAAACAAAUCGACGAGCUGAGAAACUGA